AAACUACCCUCUUUGUGCGACCUCUAGCGGUGUACGGUUUUCUUAUACGUACGAUGUAAGCGCAAGUGCCGAGUGUUUCUAAGGAUCUUUUUUCGAGACCAUAUGGUGCAGGUACUCCACUCCGUCCGGUCGAAUCAAGUCGACUUUUCGAUUGUUAUGAACCGCCCCAUCCAAGUGAAACCAGCGGACAGUGAAAAUCGCGGAGACCGAAAGCUGUUCGUGGGCAUGCUCAGCAAGCAACAGACUGAAGAGGAUGUCAGACAGUUGUUCGCGCCCUUUGGAACUAUAGAAGAGUGCACCAUUCUCAGAGGACCUGACGGAGCAAGUAAAGGUAAUAUUAUGUUUUACACAUAUUUUUAUACACCAAUGGCAUUACCACCAAAGAACGCUUUUGUUCCGUAUCUUGUUUGA